AUGGAGAUGUGGAAUACUGACGCUGUGCCUCCAUUUGGCCUUGCUGGCGCUGUCCCCGUUUGGCUCCCCCUGCCACCUUGGAUCGGGCAAGUUCGAAAAGACAGACAGCGGCUGCCAGUUUCAAGGAGCAUUGACUGGUCUUUGCUUACGGCAGAAGAACAGCCCAGCAAAUUACCGCAGACAGGCACGGACAGCAAUAGGGGCGCAAAGAUGCGCGCACCUCGCGAUGCAAAGGUCUGGCGACGCGAUGCGAUACAAGACGAUUUGUGCCGUAUCAAUAAUGACGGUUGCGCCUCCAACGGCAGAGCAUCCCGCUACUAUCCAACCUAUAGACCAAAUUCGGCAGCACAAGGGUUGAUCACAAUCUUUUCAGGAUCUCUUCGGAUGUGGCUAGUGACCGUGGCUGCAUCAUCGUUCAGGGACCGCUGA